AGAGGGCAAGAAGGGCAAGAAGAAGGUCGACAAGAAGGAAUUGCUGAUCUCCGUCGAGAGGCGAGGGGUCAAGAAAAACACAAAGAAGGCCAAGGAGGAGCUCUUUAAGCAAAAGUCAACUAUCUUAGGAGAGAAAGGCCUUCUUCUGCCUUCUCUGAAACAUUCCGGCCCCAAGUUUGAGGAGGAAAACGAGGAUCAGAUCGUGGAGGAAAAUCUGAAGCGCUUUCAAAGUUUGAGCCAAAUUGCAGCCCUCGAUUUGAAGACGGCGGAUAAGAUUUUGGAAAGAACCACCCGAAGCACCAAACGCAGGGUGAAAUUAGCUGAAUCCGAAAAACCGGACACCUCGUCCACAAUCUUCACGGAGGCGGACUUUGCGAAAUUCGCCAAGAACUACGUCCCGGACGCCUGAAUUAAUGGUGGCGACCCGCACCAUUGGCCAGCUGAUCCUCCUUAUCUCCAGCGUCCUCCUCAUCUACUACACCCUGUGGGUCGUCGGCCUCCCCUUCGCAGGGCCCGACGACUUCUUCACCCGACUCUUCCCCAACCCCCGCUACGCCCUGGUCAUCCCCGCCUACUGCGGCCUCGCCUUCAUCUCCAGCCUGACCGCCUUCACCGUCUACUGCAUCCACUAUGCCUACUGAAGGGUGGCUGGUCAUCGGGGUGUCCGGUGUGACCUGCGGAGGCAAGAGUUUGAUGGCCAGAAAACUGCACUCGCUGUUCCCAGGGUCCACAUACCUGGGCCUCGACCGCUACUUCCGAGACUUGUCCGACCCAAACCACCAAAAGGCUCCAGGCCUGGACCACUUCAACUGGGAAGUCCCGACGGCUCUCAAUUUCGAGGCCUGGAGGAAAAGUGUUCAGCACAUCCUCGCCGGCACCUCGGACGAUUACGUCCCGUGUCUGAGCUGCCCUGAUGACGAAAAACUGCCGGCCAAGGUCAAUUCCUUCCAACCGACCCUCCAAGUGCCUCAAGUUUCUCACAAAAUUCUGAUCCUCGACGGUUUUUUGGUUUUCAACGACCGCUGGACGUCCGACUUGUGCGACCUCAAAUUUUAUUUAACCCUGACCAAAGAGCAGUGCCUCGAGAGACGGGACAUGAGAAAUUAUGACCCGCCAGAUGUUCCGGGAUAUUUCGAAGCCUGCGUUUGGCCCGAACAUGUCAAUAUGAAAAAACAGGCCAUGGAGUUGAACCCUGAUUUGGUUGUGUUGGACGGAUACGACAGACAGGAAAACAGUUUGGACAAAAUGCUUCAGAUCAUUUCCGAAUUCAGCAAGAAACAAUAAGUUAAGUACAUUUUUGGUGCUUAAAAUUAAUGGUGCUAAUUUAUGCUUAGUAAAUAAAUAUAAAUAUGGAGAAUGUAAUAAAAUAAAAAAUUAUUAUUAAA